AUGACAGUGGCAAGUUCAUAUCGUUUCGAUCCACCUCCACCACGCCCGAGGAAAAAGCGGAUAGUGGUUCGUCGUGACCGUGAAGGUGGAGCCGAGCGCCUCCAUCGCGAUUAUUUUUCUGUCGAUCCUGUUUAUGAGCCACAAUUCUUUCGCCGUCGAUUUCGCAUGAGCCGAGAGUUGUUUCUACGCAUUGUCAAUGCGCUAGAAGUCGAUCCUUACUUCCAACAACGUCCGAAUGCUAUUGGCCGCUUAAGCUUCUCCCCGAUCCAGAAGUGCACUGCCGCUGUUCAACAAUUGGCAUACAGAACUGCUGCUGAUUGUUGUGACGAAUAUAUCCGUAUAGGAGAGACGACGGCGUUGGAAUGCUUGAAGAAAUUCUGCAAGGCCGUCGUUCGUAUCUUUGGCGGCACGUAUUUGAGGCGGCCAACAGCUGCCGAUGUGCAACGCAUCACUGCAAUGCACGAAGCCCGCCAUGGGUUCCCGGGAAUGUUGGGGAGCCUAGACUGCAUGCAUUGGGGAUGGAAGAAUUUCCCCGUGGCUUGGCACGACGCCUACACUCGAGGGGAUCAAGGCGAGCCAACAAUUAUAUUAGAGGCCGUUGCUUCACAAGAUUUGUGGAUUUGGCAUGCAUUUUUUGGAGUCGCUGGGUCCAACAACGACAUCAACGUGCUCCACCAGUCCACGCUAUUCAACGAUGUUUUAGUGGGGCAUGAAGCGGCUGUGCACUUCCUCGCCAACAAUUCUCACCACACUCGAUGA